AUGAUCAUCAACUCUCACAAAAUCAUACAAUUUUUCAAAGAUUUUGGAAAACAGUGUAAACAAGAUUUAAACAGCCUUUUCAGGAGAAAAACAGGAGACAAUUAUUUUAUUACAACUCCCCACGAACAAAAUAGUAGUUGUACAUCGUCAGACAUCAUUUCACCAAAUGAAAGCAAUCAGCAAAAACAGCCAUCAUCGCAAGAGGUAAAGAAAAAACGAGAGACACGAAAACGUGUGAUACGCCUCAUUCUUUACUAUGCUUUGGAAUAUAUCAUACCGCUAUUAUGUUUGGCCCUUAUUUUGGCAGUUUUACUGUCAGGAGGAAUUCCCACAUAUUGUCUUCCAUAUUUCUACAUUGAAGAUCCAUCUUUGAGUUAUCCCGUACACGAUCAUGAUGUUAUCCCAUUGUGGGAAGUGGCUGCAAUAUAUGUUUUUGCCAUUCCCUUUGUGAGCUUUAUCAUUUUUCAUUUGCUUUUUAUCAGGAACUUGGUCGAUUUUCAUCAUGCAUUAGUAGGAUAUGUUCAAACAAUUGCGCUAUGUAUGGGAAUUACUGCUUUUGGAUGGCUUGUUUAUGGAGGAUAUAGACCUACCUUUCUAUUGGAAUGCAAUCCAGAUAUGAAGAUUGUGAAUGAACAUCGAAAAUCUGGAAAUCCACUUCUUCCCUACAGAUACUAUAAACCAACUGAAGUGUGCCAACAUCCAGAGAAAUUCAGGCUUGCAAAUCCCUUAACGACCUCAGGAUUUCCCAGUGGACAUAUCAGUUCAGUGAUGGCUGUAUGGCUCUUUUUCUUGCUAUACUUUGCAGGAAAAGCAGAUACAUGGAAUAGAAGAAAGGGGCAAUUCUGGAAAGUCUUCUUGUUUUUCUUACUCUUGCUCGUGCCAGUAUGGGUUGGAGUGACGAGAAUUGUCACUCUUAAACAUUCUGUUUCUCAAGUUGUGGUUGGAGGACUGAUUGGAAUUCUUUCGGCCAUGUUGGUCUAUCGAUACAAAUAUUGUUCCUUCUUUGGUGUGGAUGCAAAAACACCAAAUUAUUUCAUGUGGGAACGACAACAACCAUCAGAACCUUAA